GAGAAUUUGUUUUUUUUUUUUUUACGAUUUUUAAUUUCUAUCGGCUCCUAGAAAAACAUUAAUACAACUACUACUCGCACUAAUCAAUCAUCAGACAUCUCCACAACUGUUUUCUACAUCUUGUUGAACUGAAUUUAGCUUGUAGGGUUUGAGCAUUGUCUCGCAGAAAAAUCUGCUGAAGAACACUCCUCCUCUUCCCAGGAUUUUCUAAUUGAGGAAACCCUAAACUUGGAGAUGAGGAAUUGGGUAAAAUUCUUGAAUUGAGACUUUUCGAGGACUUUUCUAGGACCCUUACUCACGGAUUUGUAGAUUAAGGACAUGGAUAGAUCAAGAUCGAAGAGGUAUUACUACGACCAAGACUAUGAUUCUGAUAACCUCCCCAGGACUAAACAGAGAUAUAACCCACAUAUCAACCACCAUUAUGCGCCGCAGUCGAACCACCACCGCCGGUUUGCUUCUGGUGGGCCCGGCCCCGGCGGCGGUCGGAAAAUGCAAGACCCUUCGCUAACAGUGACCACCACUUAUAGGAUCUUGUGUCACGAUGUGAAGGCCGGCGGCGUGAUUGGCAAGUCCGGCAGCAUUAUUAAGUCUAUUAGGCAGCACACUGGGGCUUGGAUCAACGUGCAUGAGUUGGUUCAGGGGGAUGAGGAGCGGAUCAUAGAGAUUUCUGACACUCGGAGGCGGGACCCGGAUGGCCGAAUGCCGUCUUUCUCUCCUGCCCAGGAGGCAUUGCUAUUGAUACAUGAAAGGAUUCUGGAGAGUGAUGAGGAGUUUGGUGCUGGUGGGGAGGCCGUGGAUGAGUAUGGAGUGAGGGGAGGCGGUGGAGGUGUUGCUAACAGGGUGGUCACUAGGCUAGUUGUUUCUAGGAUACAUGUGGGAAGUUUACUUGGGAAAGGAGGAAAGAUUAUUGAGCAAAUGAGGAAUGAGACUAUGACCCAUAUUAGGAUUUUGCCCAGAGACAACAAUUUACCCCGCUGUGUAGCCAUGUCUGAGGAGAUUGUUCAGGUCACGGGUGAAUCGAAUAAUGUAAAACAUGCACUAGGAAUAAUUUCCUCACGCUUGAGGGAGAGCCAACACCGUGAUCGCAGUCAUUUUCAUGGAAGGUCUCAUUCACCUGAAGGCUUCUUUCCUCCGAAUGAUGAUUUUACUUCUCCCGUGAAUGAUUUUGGAUGCAGAGCAUCUAUUGAUGAGCCAAGAUUUUCUGGGAGUUUCAACAAUUCCAGGGGCUAUAAUAGUAAGUCCCCUCGCCCCAUCGAAUCAGGUGGUGCUCCUUUCACCGACAACAAUGUGCAACCCAUUGCUGUUGAUGUUCUUGUGUUUAGAAUUCUUUGUCCAGUUGAUAAGAUUGAUACCGUCAUUGGGGAGUCCGGUGGGAUUAUAGACUUGCUUCAGAAUGAUAUGGGUGUGGAUGUUGAGAUCACUGACACUGUUCUUGGCUCAAAUGAAAAGAUUAUUACCAUAUCAUCUGAUGAGGGACCCGAUGACGAGCUCUUUCCUGCUCAAGAAGCUCUCUUGCAUAUACAAACAGCCAUUGUUGAUCUUUUUCCAGAAAAGGAAAAUAUAGUCACAACUCGGUUAGUUGUGCAAUCAGAUGAAGUCGGAUGCUUAAGAGGCAAGGAUGGUGUAGCAUCUGAGAUCCAGAGUCUGAGCGGUGCAGCUGUGCAGAUUCUUCCCAAGGAAGAAUUUCCAUCCCGUUUAUCAAAAACUGAUGUGAUUGUACAGAUUGUUGGUGAGAUUAAAGCUGCUAGACUUGCACUUAUUGAGGCUACUGCCAGGCUAAGGAGUUACGUAUAUCGAGAGCUCUUCCUGAAAGAGACAUGUCCUGUAGGGAAAGUUAAUGGAACUGAGAUCUGUUUGUCUCAAGAAACUAAUGAUUUAACUGAUCAUCCUCCUGCCAUUCAAAAUGGUUCAAGAAUACCAACAUCCAAUCCACUGAAGGAAAUUGAGGUCCACAUCAGCGAGCCAUCAAAGCGAAAUGAUGGUGAACGCCUUAGAGAUAUGCCAAGUGGAUUGAAUAGAAUGCAUGUGCCAUUAGUCACUAGAAGUACAUUGGAAGUAGUCAUUCCACCACAUGCGGCUCCAAAACUAAUAACAAAAUCUAGAAACAAGCUUUCUCAGAUCAGUGAGCUAUCAGGAGCUACUGUCAAAUUGAUUGAAGAUAGACCGGAAGUAACAGAAAAGACAAUCCAAAUAUCGGGUACACCAGAUCAAGCUGAAAGGGCUCAGAGCUUGCUUCAAGGAUUUAUUUUGAGCACGCAAGAAGAUGGGCCCUGAACAGACUUGGACAAAUUUUGAUUGGUCAGGUAUAGCUACUGAACUUUCUGUGUUAUAUUAUAUAUACUAGGGUGUGUUAGACCAUAACAAGGCUUGAUAUGUGUGUGCAAGGUUAAAAAAAACAAAUGUCAGCUCUUUGUUAAAUGUAAUUUAUAAUGUUUUUGCUCUUGCUUGUAAAUUGUACACAAGUUCCUUUGUUGCUUAAGAUUGUCGUUAAAUCCAGAACUCGAAUCCAAAGCUUUGCUUUGCAAAAUACAAAAUGGUUACCAUGAAAAUUAGAAAUUUGUAGUUCGCCGCAACCUACUAUUGUGCCCAUAAAGUUUGAAACCAUCCUCAGACACUACCAAGUAUCAAAUGCAUCCCGCAACUUGAUAUUGAUAGACAAGAAAGAAAUGACCAUUUGUUCUUCGAAUGUGAUAACAGAGCAUGUAUUUGGUUAGAAAUUUAAAACUAUCUGGCAUGACAAUGAAGUUGCUUUAGCUCAUUAGUGGCUAAGGCAUGAAAAGGGCCUUAGGGUGUGUUGGUCUUAACACCCUGCUCGCAACUGGGACGUGUUUGAGAAUGUAUAAAUACUUCUUAUCAUAACUGUUAAUGUAUCAAAUCACAAUUAUCUUGUGUUGUACAUAUCCAUAUGAUUUUCUUAGUUCAUUUACUUAACAUAUCAAGGGUUAAGCAUUGUGAUUUUGUAUGAAACAUGGUAUUCUUGCAAAGCUUUGGUUAAUAUUGUCCGCGGCAUAUAUUGUAUUGGUCAGUAGGAGUAGGUCAAUGUUUCUUGUUUCUUUUCAAAUACAUUUUAGACCCACCCCUCUGAUCGUAUGUUUCUCACCGUGCCUAAUUUCUUCCUUUCAUAUGCUAGGAUUGCUAGCCCACCCUUUUCUUUACAAAGACAUAGAAUUGGUCUUUGUAGAUGGGGCAGUACCGAUUCUUUGCCCCAGCCUAGAUUGCCGGGACAGAGUUCCCCCUAUCAUUCUUCUCCCUUUUUCCUUCAAAAGUUGAAGCUGGAGAAUUUAAAAUGGUCACACCAUGUGUGAAAUGGUUUCUGCUAGAAUAUUUUAACCACAAAGUUGAUUACGUCACCUGUUGGUGAGAAAUGGUCAAACAGUUUGGAUAGGAAACCCCAAAUAACACUACAACAUCGAAGCCUUAAUCUCAAAAGAUAUUGAGGUUGGUUGGCAAACCCAGAAUAACACUAUAAGCUUGAAAUUCACCUCGAGGAAUAGUGUCUAAAUGAUGAAAUGGUCUGUGAGAAGAAAUAUAUUCAAGUCAAUGUAACCAGUAACUUAGGGGAAUCCGUCACUGUAAUCAGUCACUGGUUUGUGGGUAAGAUCGGGACAUCUACGGUUUGGAUUGGCAACAUGUUGAAUAGCUCUUUUCUGUCGGGGUGGGACUAGGGAUGGACUGGGCUCGGGCGGCUGACCCGGGAUCGACCUAGACCGGUACUACUUAGACACCUAAGAAAUGUGGGGCGAGUACUUUUUCUAAGAAAUGUGCUGAAAUCCUUAUAAGAGAUUGAGUGAUGUAGCCAUGGACCGGGUCGGUCCGGGCCCGGCCGGGCCUAAAAAAAUUUCAGUGAAGCCCGGGACCGGCCCGGAUGUUGACCGGUGCCAGUUCGGUCCGGGCCCGGCCGGGCCGGGUCCGGUUCUAUUUUUUUUCUUGAUUAUUUCAUCCCCUACCCCCCCAUCCCCCAAAUCCAUCGGAAACACCCAGCCCAGCCCAUUAAAACCCGGCCCAAACAAAAAAAAAGUAAAAAAAUAAAAAUAAAACAGGCCCAAACUGGGCCUGGCCGGUUCACAUUUAAGCAAUCCCGGAACCGGCCCCGGUUUCAUCCUUAAACCAGGCCUAGACCCAGAACCGGUACCUGGUUCCCGGGCCGGGCCGGGCCCAAACAGUGCUGGGCCGGGUGACCUGCACCGAGUCCAACACUAGAGUGAUGUGGUUUACGCUUACCUAGUUAUCUGCUUCUUUGCUAAAAAUUGUGUUUUGAACUUUUGAUUUACUAAAUGUACACACAAAACAAGGUCAACACUAGCAGUAAUCAUUGACAUAUAUGUAAAUAACAUAAUUACAUCAAGUGGGGGUGGAACGGGCCCGGUCUGGUUCCGGUUUGGGCCUGGGCCCGUCCGGGCUUGGAAGGUUUUGGGUAAGGCCGGGCCGGGAGUCUACUAGUGCUGGUUCAAUUUUUUUUAGUUUGUUAUUUAUUUCAAGCCCCCACCCCCCAAACCCCUUGGAAACACCUAGUCCACCUAAACCCAGUCCAACCCCCCCCCCCCCCUCCCCCCCCCCCAAAAAAAAAGGCCUGAACCGAGCCGAGACGGUUCGACACAGUAGCGGGCUGGGUCGGUUCUGGUCCGGGCGGCCCAAACCGAGUCCAUGCAUAGCAGCAAGGCUGCAAGGGAUGUUCACUUCUUUGAAAUAUACUUGGGUCGAAAAAAGCUAUAGUACGGAGUAUCUUUUACAAAGCAUCAUGGUACUGUAAUGUAGUCAUGGACCCGGGCCGGGCCUGGCCGGGCUUUUUUUUUUGGGAAGGAAGGCCCGGGACCAGCCCGGGUAGCCACCGGGUCUGGUCCGGGCCGGGCCAGGCCUCCGGUUCGGUCAUAAUUUUUUUUUUAUGCUUUCCUAACCCCCCCCCCCCCACUCACCCCCCACCCCCCCAAACCCCUCCUAACCAUCAAGCCCAACCCGGCUAACCCCAAAAAAUGAAAAAAAAAAAUGAAAAAAAAAUCAAUUCGGCCCGGGCCCGACCCGGCCGGGCCGGUUCGCCAAAUACAAGGCCCGAGCACGGACCCGCCCCCCCCACCGGGCAUAGGCCCGACCCGAGAACCGGGCCGGUUCCGGGCCCGCACAGUGGUGGGCCGGUCCCGGGCCGGGCGGCCCGAACCGGGUCCAUGACUACUGUAAUGGGUUUUGAUCGAACAAUUGAAGAGCCUACUACUGAGGAACCAAAAUGCACUGAAAGGGUUCAAUGGUGAAAUUUAUUCCACUAUGCGUUAAUAGUUGUUGGGAUAUUGGGUCCAGGCCCAAUAUCCCUAGGCCCAAAUCCGGGAAGAAGCAGCAAGCCCAAAGAACUCCCGAACGGCAUUCGGGAUAAAACUUAUACUUGGAACAUUCUGGGUAACGAUUAUGCCAAGGUAUCAAGGCCCAAAUAUCGAUCGGCGUUCGGGAUACUUCAGGUAGAAAUUAUCUCCUAUGGCGGGAUCCCACACACCGAACACCUUGACCGAACGGGCAAUCAGCAAGUGGAGGCCGCAUUUAAUGCUGGAUCAUGGCGGCAACAAGUGGGGGCAUGGGUGCUUACAUGGCAGAGGUGACAGCCUACCAGAUUCGACCACGUGUCCACCUUACCCAUCCCCAUUUUAGUAUAAAUACCCAUGUUUAGAUCAUUGUAAAGGGUUAGCAUUUUAAUACUCAGAGCUUAGCAAUAGAUUUACAUCUCCCAUCCUUGUAAUCUCAUAUUCAUCUACCGUUCGGGUAGUUUCAGUGUAAUUGCUUAAUUACAGAAUAUAAGUAAGUUCUUGAGUUGGAUAUCAUUUCACUAUUUUAUAUUUUACACACAUUUCAAUCAACCCUACCCAAUAUCCCUACAAUAUCCAAGGCUUGUGUUGGGCUUUCGGAUCUUCGGGAAUAAACCUCAACAUUGGCGCCGUCUGUGGGAACCGAAACUAAAAGUUCAAGGAAAACAGCUGAUCUAAGCACCAUUCUUUGAAAUGGCUAGGCUUCAUACCGCUACACCGAGUUCUGCAUCCAGAGGACGAGGAGGCCAUAGAUCCUCUGAGGGGUGGUCCAGGCAAGGACACGCCAGUGGCAGUGCCACCCGGGAGUUCGAGCAAAUCAUCCCCCAGGAUGUGAGGAUGAACCCUCAGUUGAUGAGGGAUAUGGCGGAGGCCAUGCAACGCAUGGCGGACGAACAGGAACGGGGCUACACGGAUGAAACUCAUGAGCCACCAUCCCCGUUGCGUCCCAUGCCAUCUUUUGACGAAGAGGA